AUGGAGAUGAACUAUGAUGAAAAUACGCUCCACGAGUUGGAGAAUGAGCUUCAUACUCAUAUCUACCCCGGUACCGAGAUCAUGAGUGAUGUUGGAUCUCAUCAUUUUGUCAAAUCUUCCGACCGAUCUCACCGAGUUCUGGUGCCUCAGCCAUCAGCAGAUAAGCAUGAUCCUCUGAAUUGGAACCGCUUCUGGAAAUUCUCAAGUGUCUCAAUGGUGAUCGUCGCCACGUUCGCACAAGGAUUUGGUCCUCUGGCUCUUGCGCCUAUGUUUCCCAAUCUGAUCGAAGCGUUCAACACAGACCUUGCAGGGGCCGUUCAAUUCACUGGUGUUUGCAUUCUGGUCUUGGGCUUCAGCAACUUUCUCUGGGUUCCCAUCCAGACCUCUUUCGGUCGCCGACCUGUCCUUAUCUUCUCAACCUUGAUCUGCCUGGUCUCAAACAUCUGGAGAGCCGUAGCCAAGGACUAUCGGAGCUUUAUGGGUGCUUGUGUUCUGAAUGGAAUUGGUGCUGGGCCUGCAGAGACUUGUGCACCUACAAUCAUUGCUGAUGUACUAUUUCUGCACGAACGAGGCGCAUACAACACUCUUUAUUUCACCGUCUAUUUCGGCAGCUUGAUGGUUGGACCGAUUAUCUCAGGCUCCAUGGCAGAAUAUAGCAACUGGAGAAACUUCUGGUGGCUUAAUGUGGGCCUACACUCAGCUGUUCUCAUCGGUCUAUUUUUCCUGUUUCCGGAAACCAAAUGGCAUCGCCAGCAUCCGAAAGAAAUGAUCACCGAGCAGCCGAAGCAAGUCAAUUUUGAGGAGAAGGUGACCUCCGAUGGGGUUGAGGAUCCCAAGAAGCAUUUCGAGUCCGUGGAGCCCACCGUGGUUGACCUGACAGUCGCUGCAACGGCUGAACACGAUCCGUACUUGCACAGCGGCACACCAUCCAAGAAACAGUUUAUGCUGUGGCAGAGCAACGCGCAUCCGUUCCAGGCCAUUCUCAUGGAUCUUUGGGUGCCCUGGAAACUUCACCUUUACCCUAUCAUUGAGUUCUCGGCGUUUGUUGUGUCUUGGUCGGCGUCGUCAUUCUUGACGAUCAACCUGACGCAGUCACAAAACUUUGCGGCGCCGCCUUACAACUUCCCACCACAGAGCGUUGGCUACACAAAUUUCGCCGUCCUUGCCGGGGCAUUGAUCGGCCUGCUGACCAACGGCCCUCUGAGCGACUGGAUUGCAGCCCGGGCGACCAGGAAAAACAAAGGUGUUCGAGAGCCCGAGAUGAGAUUGCCGGCCAUGAUACCUUAUGUGAUCAUCAUGCUCAUCAACAACUUUGUCGUGGCGUUUGGGUAUGAGUAUAAGUGGGAUUGGCGAAUUAUCGUUCUCAUCGGCUAUACUUGUGCUGGCAUCCAAGUCGCUGCCAUCCCGGCCAUCGCCUCGACCUACAGCGUCGACUCGUACAAGCCGGUCGCAGGGUCCAUCUUCGUCGCCAUUACGGUCAACAAAAACGUCUGGGGGUACGGUUUCAGCAAGUUCAUCACCCCGUGGAUCAUCGCCGAUGGAUAUCUUCCACCCAUACUGUUGAACAUGUGUCUGAUCUUCUUGUGGUGCUCAUUCGGGAUUUUGUUCUACCUCUAUGGGAAGACCUUCAGGAAGUGGACCAGCAACAGCUCGGUUCACAACAUGUGA